GAAACGGAACGUCCGACUCUAACCAACUUCAAACGCGCUCUUCCAAAAAUAAAAAAACCAAAAAAAAAUUAAAAUAAAAACAAAAUAAAAACCCGAAAAAGCUAGAGAUAAAGAGAGGAAAGCUGUUGAAUUUUCUGGCCUUCAAAAUCGGUUAUUUUUAUCCAUUUCCCUGAAAAAAACGGCCCUUACGCGAGUCCCAAGCUUACACAUUUUUUUUCUGUGUUGUGAGAGGUGACGGCAAACUGGAGGAACAACAAACUGAACAUCGACAACGACAACGGCGACGAGACCGCAAAAAUACACGGUCGGAGAGACAAUAAAAGUCGGCCAGCGGCCAAAAACGCGCUCAUUUCAUUGCGUGCGCUGUUUUCGCAACGGCGGAGAGGGCACUACGGCAACGGAAUACGGAUUGAGGAAUACGGCAUACGGUGUACGGAGCACGGAGCACGGAGUACGGGAAUACGGUAGCAGCAGCGCGGAUACGCAGAUACGGAUACGGAUACGGAGAGCCAGGAUGCGACACGCAUUUGUUGGAUUAAUUGUGUGCUGGCUGGCAGUUUGUCAACCGCAAGCUGAGGCGCAGUUCGGAUUCCAGCCACAGGUAUAUAGACAGCCGCAAUAUUAUCAGCCUCAGGCCUACCAGCCUCAGGUUUACCAGCAGCCUCAGGUUUAUCAACCUCAGGUUUAUAGACAACCGCAGGUUUAUCAGCCUCAGGUGUAUCAGCAACCCCAGGUUUAUCAACAGCCCCAGGUUUACCAACCACAGGUGUAUCAGCAGCCGCAGGCCUACCAGCAGCCCCGCCAGCGCCAGGGAUCCGUUUCCAAGGCCAACACAAAUGCCUACGAGCGGCAGGUGGACUUUGGCAACAAUGUGGAGUACACCCAGGGCUUGUCCAACUCCCGGGCGGUAACCAAGCAGAAUGGCCAGCGAGUGGUGACCAACAGCCAGGCACAGACGCGGGACAUCGACCUUGGGGGCCUGCAGAUCGGCAACACGCUGACCAGGUCGCGAACAAACGCCAACGGAGCUGUGUCCCAGGGCGUGGCCAAUCAGUUCAGGAUCGGUAACCUUGGCCUAGGGGCCUCCCUGUCGCCACAGAAUCUCCAGAACGGCUUCGGUCUGCAGCGGGGAGCCGAUGGCGACCUGCGCCUUGGCCUGGGUGUGCUCAACCUGGACCUGGACCGGAACGUGGCCAACUCGAACACCCUGUCGCAGGCCCAGGUGAAUGCCCAGGGCAAGGGAGUCAAGGCCGGCUCCUCCAGCAACACGCAGUCGAAUACGCAGCAGUACGGUGGCGUCACCGUGACGGACACGCGCUCCAACUCGAAUGCCUUCGGCAAGGCGCGACGCGGCCAGACCUCGGCCAGCACGGGAGGAUUCGGUGGCAAUGCCGCCACCAAUGGCCAGACCUUUGGCGGUCCCUUCCAGCGCGUGGUGCGCCAGCAGCCGGUGGCCUACAGGCGGCCCAAGAGGAGGGCCCAGUUCGUGCCCUUUGGCUAUCCGGAAGGCGGCUUUGGACCAGGUCCAUUUGCGGUGGGCCUGGAUAGGCCCCGUCGCCAGUUUGGCGGUGGCUUUGGCGGUUUCGGAGGAGGUCCUGCCUUUGGCGGACCCCAGUUCGGAGGAGGCCAGUUCGGCGGUGGACCCCAGUAUGGCGGCUUUGGAGGCUUCCAGCAGCCGCAGCAGCCGCAGCGUAAGGGCAACAAGAACCAGGCCAAUGGCAAUGCCAAUGCCCAGGGUGGACCCGGAUUCAACCAGCAGGCCUCUACGAAUAACCACGCCAGUCCCGGCAACACCGGCAGCAGCAGCAUCAGCUCCAACCUGGCCCAGGACGGUAGCAGCGGCCAGGUGAGCUCCGCCAACACCAACACACACAACAGCCAGACGGCUGGCGGCUUCGAGAGCGGCCAGAACUCGCAGAGCCAGGCGCUGAACUUCAGGCCGGGUGAGCAGCAGGCCUCCAGUGCCAAUGCCAACACGCAGCACACGCAGCAGGGCGGCCGGGACACUGUCGCCUCCAACAGCGGCUCUACGGCCACCAACAACAACCAGUUCGGCCAGUCGACGAACACGGCCAACACCAACUCGCAGGUGGUGCGCGAUGGCAACCGGCAGGACGCCACCAGUGAUGCCAACAGCCAGAGCAUCUUCCAGGGCAACAAUGGCCAGGGUGAUGCCUCGGCUCUGACGAAUGCCCAGACCAGCUCCCAGAAGGGACCCGGCGGCUUUGUGAGCAACUCGGCCUCGAGCAGUGCCACGGCCACCGCCACCAAUGGACAGUCGGCCAAUGCUAACGCCAAUGCCAAUGCCGGCGGCGGUGGCUUCGGGGGUGGUUCCGGGGCGAAUGCCGGCGCCAAUGGCGGUGGUUUCGGUGGCGGCGGAGGCGCCAAUGCCAACAGCAAUGCCUUUGGUGGAUUUGGCGGUGGCUUCGGCUUUUAUGGACUUCGCCAUCGGGCACAGCAACAGGUUCGUCUGCAACGCUGGAGACCCAAGUCCCUAAAUGGGAGUGACACUUCCCCUAGAAGUUCCUCCAGCAGCUCCUCCAUCAAUGACAACUUUGAGUACGUAUACUUCAAUAGCUCCUCGCGCUUGGAGGACCUCGAGUCCGGCUCCGGCUCGGACUUGAGCUCCCUAAAUACCUCGGUGGAGGCCUUUGGGCCUUACGAUACAACCCAGCGCCAGGGUCGUACCUUUGGCGUGAUCUACGACUGGAUUACGGGCCUCUUCAACUCCUGUGUCUCGCCCUGCACCCUGGAGGCCUUCCAGAAGCAGACCUGCUGCGAGACAUAUGUGGUGGAUCCUUCGUAUCCUUCGUAUCCACCGCCACCUCCACUUCCACCUCCACCGCCACCGCAGAGCUGCUGCACUCCCGUGCGGCCCUAUCCGCCACCUCGACCUCUUCCACCGCCACCGCCGCCGCCGCCACCACCACCCAUGCCCCUCUAUCCCCCUCUGUAUCCCAACAACAAGACGCCCGUGGUGGUAGUGGCCACGCCCAUUAACUGCUGCACCGUCUGCACCUACACCUAUUACGGCCCGCCGCCCUGUGGCCGCUUGUACAACAACAACAACAACAACAGCAACGGCAACGGCAACGGCAAGAAGGUGAUCUAUGUGCCGCCGCCCUACUAUGGACGCUGA